AUGCCAGGUCACUAUGCCCUCUGGGGGAACAAUGUUCAUCACCACAACAUCAGCCCUAGUAAUCUCAUGGUCUACAUGACCACAGAUGGUCAAUAUAUUGGGGUCCUCAAUGACUUCAACUUAUCAUCCACUGGAGAUAGUCCCUCAGGCCAAGAGCAUACAGGCACAGUACCUUUCAUGGCCAUCGAACUUCUCACAAAGGAAGCCAUUGAAGGCAAGGUCAAGCACCUGUACUGGCAUGAUGCAGAGUCAUUCUUAUGGGUCCUAACCUGGGUCUCUCUUCAUUAUCAGAAAGGCUAA